AUGGGUGACUACUCAAAGGCCUUGAGUUAUUAUGAAAAGGCACGGGAACUUCAGUUGAAAACACUUGAACCGAACCAUCCAUCUGUGGCUACGACAUACAACAAUCUUGGAAUUGUUUACAGUGACAUGGGUGACUACUCAAAGGCCUUGAGUUAUUAUGAAAAGACACUGGAACUUCAGUUGAAAACACUGGGACCCAACCAUCCAUCUGUGGCUACGACAUACAACAAUCUUGGAAAUGUUUACAGUGACAUAGGUGACUGCUCAAAGGCCUUGAGUUAUUAUGAAAAGGCUCUCGCAGUUAUGCGGAUAUCUCUCCCGGCUACUCAUCCUUCUAUCAAUGCGUGUGAAAGAGCAGCAGCUGACAUGAGUAAAAAACUGAUGAGACGUUCAUAA